CACAGCAGAGGAAAUCUGAGCUCAGUCCUGCCUGCUCUAGCAUCACCUCCAUGCAAAGGCGUUACGCGCUGCUCGAUUGCAUAAACCGCUAACCCGGUGGAUCAUUUGAAUCUGCCUUGAAGGUAUCUGUUUAAUUUCUUUGUUCCUUUUAUAUCGUUUCAUUGAUGAUAAUCAUUAGUGUGAAUUUGUUAUCUAUUACCCCCCGGAAGAUACUAUCUGCUUGUGUUUGUAUUUUUCGGCUCCCGUUUGGCUCGCAUCCUUUAUGCACAGCACGCUGCUCCAGCCUCUAAAAAGAACACAGGCAUCCGUGUCGGAACAGCAUGGCUUCCUGCAGUCGCGGGUUCUGAGCGAGAUGGAAGCGAAGCAGCAUUCGAUCAAGAGCCUGAAAAGCUAUCCGGAGGCUGGGGGUCGGAGUCUAGCGGCGGCGGCGGCGGGCGGGGACGUCGGUGGUGGAGGAUAUCGCGUCGGCGGCGCGGAGAUAGAGAUGGAGGCGAAAAUACAGAAGGCGAUCGACUUCAAGCUGGAGGGUCACCGUUGCUACAAGGAGAAGAAAUUCCGGGAGGCUAUUGGGAAGUACCACAGGGCGCUGCUGCAGUUGAAAGGGAUCCAUGUCGUCGAUGGGACCACAGGAUCCGAGGUGAACCUACUGAACCAAGCUGCGGCCAAGCUGACAGAAGAGCAGCGGCGAGCCGUGGAGAACACCGAGAUCGAAUGCUACGACAGCCUGACAGCAUGCUUGCUGCAGUCGGAACUGGUGAAUUAUGAGCGAGUUAAGGAAUACUGUUUAAAGGUGCUGGGACACCAGCAGGAUCACUUUAAGGCCAUGUAUCGUGCUGGAAUCGCCUUCUACCACCUUGGAGACUACGAGUGUGCCCUGCGUUACCUACGCGAUGCCAAGUGCCGUGAACCUACAGACACAAACGUGCUUCGAUACAUCCAGCUGACGGAGAUGAAGAUGAGUAAGAGCGGUCAGCAAGUGCGUGAGAGUGGGAAAGAGUCGUUGGGUUAACUUCGCCCAAACCCCACUCUGCCCUCUUUAAGCCACGCCCUCUCAAUAGAAAGCCUCUCUUUCUGAGUCUCUCCCCUUUUCCACAAUGCCGUUCAUUCCAUGGACAACCAGGAUACAUAUGCUGUGCCCGCAUUUGAAACAGACUCGAAAUGGGAACAGCUACAGCACAGAACCCCGUGACCCUCACUUUGAGGUAUAUUUGUCCCUUUAAAUCCAGUGUCCCUGGUGCUUUUCAUUUCCAAGGUAUAGAGAAUCAGACUGAUAAACAAACAAGAAAAAGGAAAAGAGGAAAUGUAAUAAUUAUGUAAACAAAGGGGUUCUGACAUACCAGUUUAAAAUUACAUUAUCAAUUAAGGAUUUCAAAAUGUGUAUAAUGUUUUUAAUAGAAUCAUAUUCUACUGUAAUGCGGGCUGGUUGAAUUUGAAAUGGCUCUCCUGUGUGUCUUGAGUCUAUAGGCAAUGAAAAGAGUCAAAGCACACGUGUCAAAGUCACACUGCUACUGAAUUGCAGAUGCUACAUGUCAAUGAUUAGACUAGUGACCACUGAACUCUGUGUGAUACAUCUAGAGCCACUUGUCUCCCAUCCACUCCGUUCAAUACAGAUGAGGAAGGUCAAUAUUUCAGAGCACCAUCUCAAUCUUGCUGGAUGUUGAUCUCAAUUCACGCUUGCCUGCAAUGCCUCUUAUUUUAUGUUUCCUUUUUCUCUCUUGAUUUUGGGCACAUCUCAACUCAAUUUCUGAACUGUUUUAAUUCAAGGGCUAAUUCAAGUGUAUGUAAUUUGUCCUUUGAUAUCGAUUUAGUUUUUUUCUCAUUUUGUUAUACUGUUCUUUAGUGGUUUAAGCAAGUUGUUAUCUUUCCCUUUCUCAAAGGUACAAAAUCCUCCAUAUUAAUGUAAGCAGGUGUUUUGUGAACCUUGUUGUUUAUUUCUCCCGGCAUAUGUUGUAACAUUGGACUGUCCAACAGCCCUUUUGGAAUAUUAUUUACUAAUGGAGCCAUACUGAAAAUACUUUGAUGUGUAAAUUGGUAAAGGACUGCUAACUCUAAAAGGAUAGUUCACCACAAAAUGAAAAUUCUGUCAUCAUUUUCAUCAUUUCAUUCCAAACCCAAAUGUCCAAGCCGCUCUUUUCCACACAAUGGAAGUGAAUGGUAACCAUGGCUGUCAUUGAUCCCUUUCCACUUUCAUUUCAUUAAAAGGAAACACAGCUUGGACAUUCUGCUAGAUAUUUCCUUUUGUGUUCCAUGGAAGAAAUUGUCAUACAGGUUUGGAACGACAUGGGGGUGAGUAAAUGAUGACAGGAAUUACAUUUUUGUGUGAACUAUACCUUUAAAUAAGAAAUAAGAAUUAACAUGUAUCUAUAUUGAGUGUUACCAAAAUUAUGUUAAAUAAAAGGAUGAAAAUUAUCUGUUAACACUGAGAAUUGUCAUAAUGACAAGUGUAAGGAAGCAUUAAUGUUUGACUUUCUCUUAAUUUUAUGCUUUUUUUAACCUCAGAGUCCACAUUCCUAGCUUUUUGAUAGAUACAACUUUACUCAACCACAAUAAUUUGGUAAUUUUUUGUCCAUCGAGGGAGUAUCUCCUUUGGAUUCAUUAGAAUGUGCAGAUGCCUUUGACAGCACAUGUCAUUCUGAGUCUAGUUUCGAUUAAUGGCUUUGAGGAGAUGGGGAAAGACAAAUGAAAUUAUACAUCUGACCUAAUAUAAGGCAGAGAUUUAAUUGUGUCAGUGGGAGUCUGGGGAUGUUUUAUCAUGGAUUUAGAGAAGAAGACAUCCUGAUGAGAUUCAGAAAGGAGAGCAGGAAGCCAAAAUCUGCUGUUUUCUGUGGAGUUCUGCAUGCGCAGAUUUCGUCUGGGCCUGCCAAUAGUCAUACCACCCCAGUUUAGCAUCUUUGUUGCUUUGACACUGGAGGUUUUAUCUUAAAGGUGCACUCAGUAAUUUCUUCUCGUUAGUUCCACAUAAAUAAAUAGCAAUUUUGACAAAUCUCAUUAAAAUGACGUAUACUCCCAUAAGUUGAAGACCCCUAUUAUGUCAGUGGCCUAGAAAAAGCUUUUUUAAUCUACAUGGAGCAAUCACCCCCACCCAGCCCCAUUUUGAAAAUCACAUGACCAGCUGUGUCUUGCAAUUCCACCUUGGAAUUGUUACUAAUGGUAGCCUAUUUAUUAACAUCAACAAUAAUAAUGUUUACUUUACAAAGUGUUUUUCCAGUACUCAAGACGCUUGAUAAAAUCUUUCCUUAGUAGUACCAGUACAUCUAAACAAAACAAGAAAACCAAACAAUAUAACAACAACCACAAUAUACAUAAUGAAGACACAUGAAACUGAACAGUGGAGCUUGAGUCAACAGCAUAUUCAUGAGAGAUGGAUGUAUGGAUCAACAUAUGUGUAAUCCACCAGUCCAAACCCGACUGAUUGCACUAUGAAUUUUGGCAACAGUUGAUCAAAAGUUCUGCUGCUGAAAUCAGUCUCUGCUUUGCGAAAUUCUAAUCACUGCCCCCAGUGGCUGAAGCUGGAAGUGUUGUUGAAUGAGAAUGAGUGUGAGGUCCAGUUUCCAAGUGAAAUGUCCACAGAGUUGAGAAAAAAGCGAGUUGUUUUUACAUUUUCCAAAUGAAAUGUCCGCAGAGCUGUGCCAAAAGUGAGCUGUUUUUAGUUGUAAAUGAUGUAGUCAACAGGAAGGCAUAUUUUAUCAACCGUAUGCCCUAACCCAAACCUCAACCCUAAACCUAACCAUCAGUGGAGUAACAUUUUUAUUUUAUAGCGAAUAUGCAACCUCCGAAUCACACUCACUAUUGUUUUUAUGAAUGCAAUUACUUACUGGUUUGCAUGAGAACAGAACAUGUGUCUGGGAGGCUGAUGGAAAGGUGACGCUAGAUGAAAAGGUGAUCAUGUACGAAUUGAUACAAAAAUGUCUGAUGUCUGAUGCCGCUUGUAAUGUGGCAGAACGGGGUCGAUUUCAGGGUACAUGAACAUUCGGAACCAACAUAUCAAUAUCCUGUGUGAUCGUGUUUUCCAAGCAGAAUAGAUAAAAAAAAAAAGGUCUGAAAAUAAAAUGACAGAAAAAUGAACAAAACAAAAACUAACCAAGCAACUCCGGUGUGAAGCCGCAGCAGUUAACAAAACAUUAUGCAUCCAUGCCCGUAGGUGUUAGUAUAUAGUCCAAGUACAUUUGGGUGAAGAUGAGCAGCGAAACAUAAACAAAAUCUUACUGAGUGCACCUUUUAGUGAUCAAAGCAAUUAUUGAUUAUGUAGCACAGAUUGACAAGAGAAUCUAAUCAAAUUCUUUCUUUCUGUGCUGUUGUGACGCUUUCCACCUUUUCAGCUCUGUCUUUUGUCUCUCCUGUUUUUGUGACUGUUCUCUUUCCACUUCACCUUUGAUAUAUUCUUUUCAUUUCUGUAAAUGGUAAAGGUAAUUUUACCUAUAACACUGCAAUGCUGAUAAUGCUGAUAUCCUGUAUGGAAUUUAUGUCUUCACCUUUGCUUCUUUCAGCAAUGGUCCAUAUACUGUACUAUCCCCAUGUGCUGGAUCUCUUUCUGCACAGAUGGAGAAACAUCAGACAUGACUGUUGUCAGUAAACAACAACAAAAGCACAAACUGGUUUAUGGACAAGCAAAUAAACUAUCUGUACUUUACUUUUCUUGGAUGUCACAUGAGGUAUGUGUUUGUUGAAUGUCAAAGUAGAUUUGUGCGGUUUAAAAAUGGUUGUCAAAAGCUUUACUUUAUUAAAUUGUUUUUAUCAAUAUGUGAGAGAACAAAUGAGAAGGAUAAAUAAAAGAGAUUUAUGAAAAAUAUAUUUAACAUUGUAAGGGGCAACUUUGUACCUGUGUAAAUGUUUCGUUUUCCUCUUGUAUUAGGCUUGUUUUUUUGUGUGUUUUAUUUAUUUAUUUUUUUUGUCGGAUUGCCAGUCCAAGGAUUCAGGGUAUGCCCUUUGACCUCUAGAGAGAAAGGUCAUCUAGGGUGGGUGAGAAAAGGACAGUAGGGGAUUCCCAGAAGAUGAUGAAGGGGUGAGGAAACCUGACUGAACUGACAGAGAGAGACAAAUCCACUGGUUUCUUUUUCCUUUUUCCUUGCCUGUUCUGGAGAGAGAGACUUGGACCCUCUGGUUGUUCCGGUUACUAUAAUGUUAAUGCAUUAACAUUCAUUGCUUCCUUGGGAAGUGCAUACUUCCACUAAACAUCAGAAGUAAAUGCAAACUAGUUACAUUUACCUGCAAGUCCAGGAAUGCACUAUUGAUUGGUAUUUGAAGUCUACAAAUAAAGUUUAAAAA